CCGUCCGUCCACUGCAAACAAACCAACGCCUUGACCCCUGCGCUCUCCCUCCCCUCCCCAGCGCCAAGAACCCAGCUUUUCUCCUCCCCGCCGCCGCCUCCAGCGCCAUGAAGCGCCUCUUCCGACGGCUCUCCCGCGUCGCCGCGGCCGACUCCUCCUCCGCGGCUGCCGCCACGGCGUACCGGCAGCUCCGCGCGCCGAAGCAGUCCGCGUCGGCGGCCGGCGGCGGCUGCGCCAAGGUGCCGCAGGGGCACGUGCCGGUGUGCGUCGGCGAGGAGGGCGGGCCCGUGGAGCGGUUCGCGGUGCGCGCGGACCUGCUGGGCCGGCCGGCCUUCGCGGCGCUGCUCCUGCGCGCCGCCCAGGAGUACGGCUACGGCCACCCCGGCGCGCUCCGCAUCCCCUGCCCCGUCGCCGACUUCCGCCGCCUCCUCGUCCGCCUCUCCGACGACCCCUACGCCGACGAGUGCUAGGCUCCGGCCCCUGCCUCCGCACCUUCUUCGCCUGCCGCUGGAGAACUCUGCCCUUCAUUCGUCCCCAUUCUGACAGAUUUACCCCCGGGCGCUGGGCGGACUUGCAAUGUACAUACAGUGGCAGGCCGAAGAGGAGUCGGUCGCCGGAGCGAGGGUUAGGAUAGGGAUCUCCUAGCUUCGUAGUAACUUUUUUUUAUUACUGCUGAGCGUGAGCUGAAUGGGAAGAACUGUGGGUGUUCCUUUUUCACCCCCUCUGGUUCUAGGAAUUUCAGUGUGUGUGCGUGCGUGAGUGAGGGAGAGAGGUAGUAGCAGUUUGAGUUUGUGCUAGGGAUUUUGAGGUGUUCGGUGUUAACCAUAUGAGAUCCUGAGGCUAUCAUAUGCCAUAUUUUUACUGAGCUAGUAAUAUCUUUUAGCAC